AGUACGGUACAAAACCAAUACGACGGCGGAAUUCCCCCCAGUGUUAAUGCUUCCCACCUGUAGCAUUCAUUAAUCAUACAUGAAGCCAAUGAUCCUUCGAUGGCACUCAGCGAAUAUGCAUUUGAUAAGUGCGCACUGCAUAACGUCCGGUCCCCCCUCCCUACCAGAGGAAGAGAAGGGCUGAGCUUCUUCAAUUGCCAUGUGUAAAGAAUGAAACGGUACCGGCUUGAUAUUAUGCGCGCUGUGUAUCGGCCCCAAAAGGCAACGGUCAAGGCAGCGUUACUUUAAUCCCACGCGGUCAAUCCUCCGGCUUAUUUACCAUCCGCCAUGCCCUGAUUGGUGAUGUUUGUGGCGCACUCAUGGUCUUCACCUUCUUAGCUCGAGCCAUUACUAAAGGCGGCCGCGACGGAUGGUUUUUGUUGUUCAGGGAAGCCCAUAUUUCGACUGGUUUAUGUUAUCUAUCUUUGUGAACCGCUGCGCAGCAUGUCCAGCGUCGGGACGACUCAGAGUGCUCUCGCUGUAGGGUUUUCCUUCCCCAUAAUCGACGGGAUCCUCGUGUGUCUCCGCUUCUACACGCGCCAGAAGCUGAAGACAGAGCGCCAGCUCGACGAUUGGCUUUGCAUUCCGGCAUGGCUCUGUUUGACAGGCUGCUGCGCCUCACUUAUCGCAGGAGUUUAUAAGGGUGCCUUUGUCGAUGGCGCGCCUACUACUCAAGAGGACGUCGUAGCGCAGGUCACAGCUGCGCUUGUGAUUCUUUGGAUGGGGACCAACUUCCUCGUCAAGUUGAUCAUGCUAUGCUUCUAUCGUCGCAUCUUUGUCGGCCGCGCCUUCAACAUCUGCAACUGGGCCCUCAUCGGGCUCUCGGUUGUCUGGUUCGUCUACGCUAUACUAUCGUGGCUAUUCUACUGCGGUAUAAACUUUAAGGAGAAUCUCGAAGGAGGCUGGUCCGCCUGUCCAACAUGGGGGUUUGAAAUCCAGAUGGGCGUGUUUGCCUUGGACAGCUUUAUCGACUUCUUUUUGUUGGCAAUGCCUAUUCCGUUCGUAUGGCGCCUGCAUCUCGAUUUCAAGCGCAAGAUAGCAAUAAGUGUAGUGUUCAUUUUAGGAGGCUUCGCUUUCGUCGCUGGACUCAACAACACCAUCAUCCAGCUCGUAAACCUCACCCAACCAGAGCUUACAGAAUCUGGCAGCGGGGCCAAUUUCUUCCAAGGAUCCUCCCUGCUCUUCUCUAACUGGCCUACGAUCGAGAUCGGUGUCGGCCUGCUUGCAUCCAACCUUCCACACCUCUCCUUCCGGCUCGGUCGCGCAAUUAAACAGUCCCUGCCACGCGCGUUGCGCGUCUCGCUUGACUCGAUCCGACACGCAGCCGCGGCGUUGUCGCUGUCCUCGGGACGACACCACCCCUAUGAUCAGGGGAGCGGGCAGAGAUCCGGCGAUGAGGCGCGGGAUAAAAAGGGAGAAAGUGUGCAGGGAUUGCGACCUGGUACGGGACAGGGAAAGUGGGUGGAUGCGGCGAAGAGAUCGGAUGAGCAGAAUUCUAGUUGGAGUGGGGAAGCUAUCGAGUUGCGCGAUAUGGCAGUAAGUAGAACAGGAGAUGAUGCAGUGUAGGUGGUGGGAGGUACAAUGAGAACUGAUUGGUAAAACGGAAUGAGAAAU